AUGCCACAACAUAUUUCGGGAGAUCCUCCAUGGAGAAAGUCUGGUUUAGCACCAUGUUCAUGUAGUUCUAAGACAAAUGAAGAAGAAAUAUUGAUCAAAAAUCUUAUCAAGGAAGAUUUUAAAAACCUUGGACCUUUUAGUUGGGCUGAACUGUGUGUGUUGACGCUGUUCGUUACUCUGUGUGUAGCGUGGAUAACCAGGGAUAUUGGUGGAUAUGGAUGGACAAACCUCUUCCCAGAAGAAAUACCUUCAACAGAUACAUCCAAGACCGCACCCAAAGCAAGCUUGUUAAACUGGAAGAUCGUCAAUGAAAAGAUGCCAUGGGGUUUGUAUUUGCUACUGGGUGGUGGAUUUGCCUUGGCAGAAGGAAUGGAGGUCUCGGGUCUUUCUCAGUGGAUUGGUGACCAGUUAUCGUCACUUGGGUAUUUGGAAGACUGGGUUAUUGUUCUUGUCUGUUCUACUUUAGUAUGCUUCUUCACAGAAGUGACUAGCAACAGUGCAGUUGCAACCAUAUUUAUACCGAUUAUAGGGGCUCUGGCAGGGAGUAUUUGUCUACAUCCUCUGUAUGUAUUGAUGCCAUGUGCGAUCUUGAUCUCUUAUGGAUUUAUGUUGCCAGUAGCAAACUUCCCAAAUGCCACGGUGUUUGCUAAUGGAUUGCUGACUAUACCUGAUAUGGCAAUCACGGGAUUAGGACUCAACAUACUUGGUAUUCUAUGGAUCAAUUUCUGGGUGAAUAGUUAUGGUAAUUAUAAAGCGUUAUUUGAUUUGGAUGAGUACCCGGACUGGGCGAAGACUGAUAAUACAACAUGUGCGGACACAACCGUCAAUGUCACAUUAAUUUGA